CAUUCAUGCCCAGUGCGGCCGCACAACCAACAAUCGUAUUUCGAUGAAUCAUAACGUGAUUUGAUGUAAACCAGUCCGGUUGUAUCUUUGCGCUACAGGACCGCCCGUCUGCACAACAAUGGGUAGAGGGCCUUAGUGAUUAUGCAAGGUGCAUGAUUCGUGCCUUGGUAUGUGUUGACUCCCUGUGGUGGGCCUCCUGGGAUGAAUGCUAUCCCCUCCUCCCCAGGUUGUUUCUCCCCGCUCUUCCCCUACCACUUUAGAAACCGCCACUUCUCGUACACCUACCAUUUUUGGAGAAAUAAAUACUAAGUUACAACAGCCGAAGAUAUCCUCAUGGCUUCGUCAAGCAAGAAGUCAUCCGAGGAGGCGCUCCUGGACUGGUACACAGACUUACAACCACUCACAGUUGAUAUUGUGGGAGACUUUGCAGGCCGAGAGCUAUUCCUAAUCCACGGAGAGGCUUUGAUGCGGUAUUGCCUCGUCGAGGCCAGAGUCGAUUUUGACAGAGGAUUCCAAUUGUUGCACGCCAUCCAAGCCGUGGAGAAGUUUCUCGUCAAUCUAAAAAAUGGGGGCUGUAACUUUGAUAUAGUAUUCUUUCGUGACUUCGAAAAUGUCUGCGCAUCUCAGGAUAGCGCCGGCUCGAAACAUCCUUACAAGUUCAAGCUUGCCCGCCGGAUUCUCAUCCAGCACCUAACCAGAUCGAUUGUUGAUUUUAAGAUCCUGGAAUUCGAUUCCUUCGAAAGUCAGGAGUGCAGAACGUAUCUUGCUAACAAUGCAAUACAUUUCAUACUCUGCGAUGAUGGAAGGGGAGUCGGCCUGGAACAGACUGUUCGCCUUCGACAUCUUAUAUGGAAAGUCGUAAACAGCGGGAGGAAUGUUGCCAUCAUCAACUCGAUUUCAUGGAGGAGCUCAAAGAUUUUCGUGCCUCUCCUGAGUGGGUCGAAGGGUGUGCUGCCAGAUCUACUUAUCGACGCUCCCGCAUGUGAGACGAAACAAUCGGUAAUGUAUUCACAGGCAGUACUUGAUGAGGCGCUAGGACCCUCAAUUGAAAUAUCGAAUUUUUCAGCAAGAGAAAAGUUCGCUGCCAUCUUCUGUCGCGGUUACCUUGGACGAUCCUCAAAGGAGGACGAGGUAUCUGGCGCUGACCUCGAGCUUGUAGAGGCGCUGCUUCUUCACAUGGCUACUCUCAGAGCCUGCCCUCUUCAAAACCGAAACAGCCACCCAGAGAUAUUUUUGAAACACGUUGUUAGUAGUUACGACACUGGUUUUGUGCAACUUUUUUGUACUGCGUCCCAAGAUUUUGCAGAGAAUGGAUAUGCUGUGAGAGGGCAAGCCGAGUGGGAUUUAUUCGAUCUCUUCGAUGGCCAUGUAUUCUUUUACGUUCUCCACGCAAUACGAGUUGGAUCCGAGUUUCCUAUGCCCAUUAUUGACCGAGGGAAAGCUCUUUCUGCAAUGGUUUUUGGGCAGAGGAGCAUGAAUGGUCGAAGCCUUUUCACAGCCCUCAAACCGUCGGAGACUUAUCUACCUCCUGUACCACCUCAUACGGUUCCCACUGUUUUGUCGUUCAACAAUCCCGUACUAAAGGAGAUUCUUGAGGAUGUGUGGGUCAAAGAGGUGCCAGAAGAUGUCGAUCCUGUUGCAGAAGUUGUUUUCCAAGAUCUUCGCCACUGGCAUGCCUACAAACCAGUCAACACCGGUGCAAGGACGACACAUGACAAAGUCCCCGUCUGGCUGGAAAAUUACAGGCGCAAGAGACAUCAAAGGCAAAUGGCAGAUGUCAUUUUGUACGCGGCGAGUCUCAGCAACUCCAUUGGAAAAGUUUUCAGCCGAGAAACUAUUGUCGUGGGCGACCUUGCCAAACAAAGGUCGGCUCACGCGGCAUUGAAAGCAAACACUAGCAGCGGAAGGCAGGCAAAGGCAGGCAAUCAACCUGUCAGAGGUGGCAAAAAGAAGGCCCUCCUGGCUGCUUGUGCAUUGAAUGAGAAGAAAGCACUAGCAAGGCAAAACGAUACCUUGCAUCUCUGGGUCAUGAAAUGCGCCGAGUUUGAAAAGACUGAGAAUCCAGUUAACCGAUAUCUCAAGGCUCUGAACUUUCUGUCUGAUAGAUCCCCAGGAAGUCAUGUUUCUGUCAGGCCAGAACUUCUAUUAUACCUCUGCCACACACUUGGGAGGAUCUGGGACCAGACGAGUAAACAGGUCGAUGAAGAUUCCCGCAGAGGGUUAUACCUUAUUUCUAUGGUAUGGAACUGGCUGAGGGACAUUUCGAGAUCGGACAAGUGUACACCAGAUGUUGCAAGUGCCGCUCAGGGGAUCAUGAAAACCCUUUCAAUAAGCCAGCUGAGGAUCACUGUCCAGGAGCCACAACGAAAGCUACCUUUCACCAUCAUACCUCGGACGAUGAUGAAAGAUGCACCGAAACUUAUCCAGGAUCAUCGGCUUCUUCAGCUUCAACACGGGGGGCCUUAUAUGGAUAGGCGAUUUGACUCUCGGCCUGAUGCACGAGUACCCUUUGAGCCAGAUGCCUGGCAGCGGGACAUUCUCGACUCGAUUGAUGCCGAGGAAAGCUUGUUGGUUGUGGCGCCAACGUCUGCAGGAAAGACCUUCAUCUCCUUCUACGCCAUGAAGAGGGUACUUGAGGAGAGCGACGAUGGAGUCCUGGUGUACGUCGCUCCCACAAAAGCCCUCGUGAACCAGAUCGCUGCGGAGAUCGAGGCCCGAUUCUCCAAAAGGUUCAGGAUGCAGGAGGGCAAAUCCGUUUGGGGAAUUCACACACGCGAUUACCGCAUCAAUAACCCUACUCGGUGCCAAAUAUUGGUUACGGUGCCUCACAUGUUACAGAUCAUGCUCUUAGCCCCGACAAACGCCAGCAGCGCAACCGCAUGGUCACGGCGUGUCAAGAGAAUCAUAUUCGAUGAGGUUCAUUGUAUCGGACAAGCCGAGGAUGGUGUCAUCUGGGAACAGCUGCUGUUGCUUGCGCCGUGUCCUAUCAUUGCCCUCUCGGCGACGGUUGGAAAUCCGGACGAGCUUAAGGACUGGCUUGCCAAAUCACAGGCACAAAAGGGAUUUAAAAUGAAGAUGAUUGUGCAUGAGGUGCGCUACUCUGAUCUUCGCAAAUUCAUCUACGAGCCUCCUCAUACCUUUAUCUUUAAGGGACUUGCAAAAGUCCCCAUACUCCCUGUGCCAGGACUGGAUGAGGGUGACAGCGCCAGUCCAACCUUCAAGUUUGUGCACCCUGUAGUAGCACUGAAAGACAGAAACAUUGCCGCGGUAGAUGAUGUCAAUUUGGAGGCCAGAGACUGCCUCAUUCUCUGGAAUAACAUGCAGAAAACGUUCCCAAAAGACCUUCUCCGGAAUCAAAUUGAACUUGACCCUCUCAAAGUCCUGCCAGAGGUCAUCGAAAAGACUCAUAUUGUCGAGUGGGAGAAACAUCUAAAGAAGAAAUUAAAAGAGGCCAUGGAGCAACCAAAGUCUCCCUUCUCCGUUUUGCAACAGAGCAUUGACCCUUCAGUGCAAGCUGACAGUGCCGCCAAGAUCCAGCAUUGCACACACUCAGAUCCUGUUGACCAUAUUGAUAGGCUGUUCACUCUGGCAUGUGAGCUUCACGAACAGAACGCCUUACCAGCCCUUGUUUUCAACUACGACCGCUCUCAGUGUGAAAUGGCCGUCAGAAGCAUCUUAUCUAAGCUGAUAGACGCUGAAGCGACCUUCAAGGGAAGUGACACCACCUGGAAGAAGAAGCUCCGGGACUUUGAACAGUGGCAACGGCAGAAAGGAAAUGAUCGAGAGAUCCGAUUCUCCAAAAGCUCGGAAAGUGGGGAGCGGAAUCUAUCAAAGCUCGAGAUCGCCCGCCAGGAGGGGAAUGUCGAGAUCAGCCCUUGGGAGAGUUUCGAUCCCAAGGCCCCCUUAGACCACUUUAGCUUCGCAGAUAGCAAAAUGAUGCAGCAGAGAGACCUCGAAAAUUUGGUGCUUCGACUGAAUCCGAAGAAAGUCCAGCCAUGGCUGAUCGAUGCCCUUCGACGUGGAUUGGGUGUUCAUCACGCCGGUAUGAACCUGCAGUACCGUCGGAUUGUUGAGAUGCUCUUCCGGAAGGGCUACCUCCGACUAGUCGUUGCCACUGGAACCCUUGCGCUUGGUAUCAACAUGCCCUGCAAAACGGUCGUCUUCAGCGGGGACUCUGUGUUUCUGUCGCCUCAGAACUAUCGCCAAGCGUCCGGCCGCGCUGGAAGGCGAGGAUUCGAUCUGCUUGGAAAUGUUGUCUUCAACGGUAUCAACCGAGAUCGAGUGCACGAGAUCAUGUCCUCUCGGCUACCUGCUCUUAAGGGGCAAUUCCCAAUCUCAACCACGCUUGUCCUUCGCCUAUUUGUCCUCUUGAGUGGGACGAACAGUAAUGAAUUUGCCGUCAACGCGGUCAAAGCCCUCCUAUCACAAGCUAGAUUAUACCUAGGAGGACCAGAUGCCGAAAUGUCAAUCAAACACCACCUGCGCUUCUCGAUCGAGUACCUCAGACGCCAAAACCUUCUCUCGAUGGACGGAGUACCUGUUCACUUCGCGGGACUUGUAGGUCAUUUAUACUUCACGGAGAACGCCGUCUUUGCAUUCCACUCGUUGCUCCGCGGCGGCUACUUUCACAAGUUAUGCAAGGAUAUUGACUGCGCUCGUGAGAGAGUGCUUCGCGAGAUGAUGUUGGUGCUCAGCCACCUGUUCAACAGAAUCCCUAUUCAGCAGACUGCAAAGCUCCUAGAAGUUGUCGAAAGCUCUUCAUCUGAUAUCUUCCUCAAACGACUCCCAGCUACCGCAGAGCAACUACUUGUUCGGCAUAACCGGGAAACACUCUUAACCUUCAAGGACUAUGUAUAUUCUUACAUCAAUGCACACUUGCAGGAUUUGCCAGACCGCACACUUCCACUAACCAGAAUCCCAAUUGGGCCAGAGAAAGGGUGCAGACUGACAAGCGACCCUCCGCCGGUCAUCCGAUCUCCCUUUGCGGCUCUUUCUGGAUUCACGGAUGAGUUUGACUCGAUCAAAGAGAUGUGUUCGACAGUGAGAGACGGAGUAUUUCUAGAAGAGUCUGCCAUCCCUUACCUCCCAAUCUGGCCAAACGAUACUAGUGUUGAGCUAAACGCCUAUCUCUAUGACUUCUUCAAGCAUGGGAGCUUGAAGGUACUGGUGCGCGACAACCUCAUCAAACGGAGCGAUGUGUGGUUUCAUCUCAAGGACUUUUCUCUCGUACUUAAGACAAUCGUGACCAGCCUCAAGGGCGUCUUAGAUUCAAGAGGGGGUUUCUACAUGCAGGAUCUUGAUGACGAUGACAACAUGAGUGACAUGAGCGAAGGGGAUGACGAGGCUAUAUCAAAGGUGGUUGAGGUACAGAAGCCAGCUGAAGAAUCCGAUAAGAUUGCCCAAGCGUUGGCAAAGAAUAAGGUCAAAGCAGAGGUUCCUGAUAGCUGGAAUGACGAGAGCGAAGCAUCUGCAUCUGAGUCUGAAGAGUCCAUGCCCGGUUCGGAUAUUGUUGGCUCAUCUGCGGCUAAAGAGGCAGUUGCUAUACAGUCCGAGUUUGAUAAUGGAUGUGGAUUAAUGCAGGUCCUAAGGGCGUUUGAGUUGCUAGAGGCAGAGUUCGCUGACAAGUUCUACAAGAUUGGAGCUUGACCGGAGUAUGCAAAUAACCGCACCGCACUAGGGAGACACGGAGGAGAGCACUCGCGGCGAUACCAAAAUUCUUGUGUUGACUCUAGAUCCCAAUCGAAAAGCCUUAGGAUUGAUUGCCUAUGAACGCUCAAAUGCAGUGGUAGAAUAUUGCGGAUUAGACAACAAGACACUCAUUAUAGGGAAAGAUAAAUGGUGUUGCAGGAGAAAUGAUUCAAUAUGUACC